CGAAAUAUGAUUAAAGGUGUAAGUGGCGUUGACUCUACAUUUAAAUUUCCCACGCUGAAGAGUAAUAACGUUAAAUUAACCUCUUUUUAAUUAUACAAAGUCAACUAACAAUGGCGGAUAGUGGAGUGGAUAGUAAGGAAUCUGAAAAAUCAGAGACUCCGUAUGUCGAACCCAGAAUAGUAAUAAUUGGUGCUGGACUUGCUGGGAUUGCAGCUGCUACUACAUUAUUAAAAUUGGGUUUUAAAAAUGUUAUGAUAGUUGAAGCUAAUACACGUGUAGGUGGUAGAUUAUAUACCACGCUAUUUGGAGAUAACGUGAUAGAUUUGGGCGCAGAGUGGGUGUACGGUGAAAAUGGAAAUAUUGCUUACAAUUGUGCUUAUCCGCAUCAAUUGCUUUCUUCUUCCAAAGGAUUGAACAAUUUCGAGCAAUAUUUAUUUGCAAAAAGUGAUGGCAGUUUAUUUAAGCAAGAACUUAGUACUGGAAUUUUAAAGGCAUAUCAUAAUUUUUCUGAACGCUUUGAGGAAAUGAUGGAAACCCCUGGAUCUUACGGAGAUUAUAUGAUGGAGAAGUUGUCCGAAUGGUGUGAUGAUAACAAUUGUACUCAAAAAGAAAAAGAUCUUCUUGUACAAUGGAUACACCGAUUAGAUUCUGCCAGGCGAUGUACACCAUCAUGGUAUGAUAUUAAUUGGAAAGGUGUAAAGAGUUAUUGGAAAUGCCAAGGAGACAAUUAUAUUAACUGGAAAUCACGCGGUUUUAUAAGAAUACUUGAUUGUCUAGCGAACAGAAUCCCUAAAUCUAAGUAUUCAUUAGAUGUUAUAAAAUUAAUUAGAUUCAAAAAAGAAUUAGUCCAUAUCGACUGCACAGAUCCUAAAGAUGUCAUCGUUACAGUUAAAGUUGAUGAAGAUGAGCAAUUUCAAUAUAAAGCUGACCAUGUUAUAUUCACACCUUCUUUAGGAAUAUUAAAAGAAAAAUAUAAAAUGAUGUUUAAACCUCGCUUGCCUGUAAAAAAUGUAAAUGCCAUAGAGGCUUUAGGUUUUGGUACUAUACAGAAAAUAUUCAUCGAAUUUUCAACUCACUGGUGGAGCGAUGAUGUUUCUGUUUUUUGUUGUCCCUGGACGUUGGAAGAAAAGCGCACAUUUUUACAAGAAACUAGUUUUAGUUAUUAUUGGUUAUCUGAUGUAUUCGCUUUUUAUACGAUAGAUUAUCAGCCUAAUGUUUUGUGUGCUUGGGUUGUGAGAAACGGCGCUAAAGAGGUAGAACAGCUAAUGGAUGAUGAAAUUAUCGAAGGAUUACAUUUAUUGCUGCAAACUUUUUUUGGAAAACUUUAUACGAUUCCAGAACCAAUUAAAGUAAAAAGAACGGCAUGGUUCACAAAUCCUUUUUUUCUUGGAUCUUUAAGUUUUCCAACCAAACUAGCUGAAAUAAAAUCUAUAAAGCCACUUGAUCUUGCUAACCCAAUUUUGUCUUCUAAAGGAAAACCUCUUUUAAUGUUUGCUGGCGAAGCAACUCAUGAUACUUAUUUUGGAACUGCUCAUGGAGCUAUCGAAAGUGGAAUACGUGAAGCAGAAAGAAUAAUGAUUCAUUAUUGGAACCCACAACGCGAGCUACAAAAAUUACCAAUAAAAGAAGCUAUGGAAAAAGAACCGAUGUUUACUCCAGAUGUUGUAAUAGUUGGGGCAGGCAUUGCUGGGUUAGCAGCUGCAAAAACUUUAGAAGAUGCUAAUUAUAAAAAUUAUCUUGUAAUAGAAGCUCAACCAAAUAUUGGUGGACGAUUAAGUUCCACAUUAAUGGAUGGCAAAUGGAUCGAACUUGGCGCACAAUAUUUACACGGCGACCAAAGCGAAUUAGCUAAAUUUUGUAAAUCUAACAAAAUAGAGUACGAAAUGCAAUCUAAGGAUGGAGAUGGUACAUUUAUAACUUAUAACGGGCAAAAAAUCGAUAAUGAUUUGGUACAAGACGUUAAAGACUUUGUCUAUAAUAUAUUAGAAGAAACUGGAAACGUCGACGAAAUAACUGGAGAGGCGUUUUCAAAUAUUGGGAGGAUGAUGAGAAAUCGAUUUGAUAAUUACUUAAUGCAGUCAAAAGAUGAACCCGAGAUAAAGAAACUUAAGGAAGGAAUUUUUGAGUGGGCCAUUAGAUACCUUACAAUAGACAAUUCUUGUGAUACGUUAGAUGAUUUGUCUGUGAAUAUGUACGGAAAUUUCAAAGUUGCUGGUGGCCCAGAACACCUUACAAUAAAGUCUGGAUACGAAUCAUUGUUAAAAGUUAUUAGCAAAGAUAUACCUCCUAAAAACAUACUUUUAAAUACUGCUGUGCAAUUAGUACAUUGGAAACAAUUUACUAAAAAUCAAUCUGAAAGGCCAAUUAUUUUGGUACUAGACAAUUCAAGAACCAUUACUGCAAAAUGCGUAAUAAUAACCUGUUCCCUUGGUUAUUUGAAAGAUCAUGCCCAAAAAAUGUUUGUACCUCGUUUACCCUUGUCGCAGCAACUGUCGAUAAUAAAUAUGGGAUUUGGUACGAUAAAUAAAAUAUAUCUUAAUUUUGGUGAACCUUGGUGGGAACCAGAAACCAAAGGAUUUCAAUUUGUUUGGGAAAAAAAUAAAGUACAUGUAUUUGGUAGGGGAACUAUACCUCUGUGGGCUAAAGAUCUUACAGGUUUCGAUGUUCUGCAAAAUCAUAAAGGUUUAUUACUUGGGUGGAUCGGCGGAAAAUCCGCCCGUAUUAUUGAACGCAUAAGCGAAGAAGAAGUUGGAAUCGGUUGUACAAAUUUGCUUAGGCAUUUUCUUAAAGACUAUAAUAUACCUAAUGCGAAAGAAUGUAUUAGAACGGCAUGGUCCUCGAAUAAAUAUAUAAGAGGUGGUUACAGUAGCCUUACGCCAUCGUGCGAGAAGUUAAAGUGUACCCCGGCUGCAUUGGCAAAACCAAUUGGCGGUAGAACAGUAGACAAAAAUUCUAAGAUUCUACCAAUAAUGUUGUUUGCUGGUGAAGCAACGCAUGAAACUUUUUAUUCCACUGCGCAUGGGGCUUAUGAAACUGGAAUAAAACAGGCUAAUCUAUUUCUAAAAUAUCAUGUAACUGAAACUUAAUUUCUCUUUUCUAUUUUUUUUAUUUAUUCUUAUUUUUCUCUAAAAUAUAUUAAUCAUACUUAUAUAAAAGUUUUUAUCAAAUUUUCAAAAAUCAUUCUAUUAUCUAAAAUGUAUUACUAAUAAUGCAUGUAAUAUUAGUAAGUCUUGUAUUCAAAAUUAAUUCUUUUGGCAAAUUAAUCUUUUUUGUUUUUUUUUUAAAUCCAAAUUCACCCUUUCGCAAAUCCAUUAUCUAUUAUCCAUUUAUGGCAUCGAUUUCAGUCGUCUCACACAGCUCUUUCAGGGUACGUUUCGUUGCUGACAAAAUCUCUUUUAAAAUCUUUUUUUACGCCGUUUAAUAUGGAUAGCCAAAAGUAGCAUUUGUUGCAAGUAAGUCUCAACAAUUUUGGAAAGAGGGCAUAAUGAGGCUUUCUGAGAGAUGUAAGAAAGUAAUAGAGCGAAACGGUUCAUA